AUGGCUACCCUCGCAUCAAAGAGCCAGUACAUCCACCACCCGCCGCAUGCCGGUUCACACUUCAACAACACGCCCCCGUCGGCCGCCUCGAUCCUCACGCAGCCGUCGCCGACAAACUCGGAGUUCUCCGAGGGGCAAGGACUGCUAGAUGAAGUUCGAUCGUGGGAUGAGCGAAAGGUGGGGGAGUGGCUGAGAAGUAUUGACUUCGCAAAGUAUGAGAACGACUUUGAGGAGAACAACAUCACGGGCGAGGCACUGCUGGAAUGCGAUCACUCGGUGCUGAAGGAGCUUGGUAUCAAAAAGGUUGGGGACAGGGUCCGUAUCGUGGUUGCGAUCAAGGCCCUGAGGACCCGGGCCUACGGUAACGGGAAGAAGCGCAAUCGGGACACUUUGGCGGCGCUAGAUAACCUGCCAAACUACCGCUCAAACACACACUCGCUGUAUAAUCUCACGCCCCCGGGGAACAGCAAGAGUCCGAGUGAAAAUGAAUACCCGCGUUCGUAUGGUAACCGUGCGCCGAACCCCCGGAGCAUGAUGAGCCCGCCGCUGGAGACGUCGAGGUCAACAGGAUUCUACCCGACGACGCCGGGGCACCCGUCCCGCACCCCCAAGACGCCCUAUGGCGAGUAUGGCAAUAAGGGCCCGCUCAACUCACCGCAGGUUCGUAUACAUAAUCAUAAGUCGUCAUCCAGCUUGGAUGGGAUAAUGAGUAUUGACGUUGUCCGACAGAAUUGUAUCAAAGUUAUUGGUGACGGAGGUGAAUCACGGGUGGUUGAAAUCAGUGGGUGUAAUACGGCGGAGGCCAUCAAGAAGAAGAUUGUCAAGAAGUUUAGCGGAUCUAUGGAUGGAUGGGCACAGUACUGCAUCUACAACAUUGAGCAGGAGCAGGGGCGGGAAAUCGCCCGCAAUGUUUCUGAUAAGGAGCUGCUUCAGAUCUCGCAAGAUGUCAGCCGUCCGGAGCGGGCAAGGCUUAUCCUCCGAAGGAGAGGGCUGCCGCCAUCACCGCAGUCGACUGAAUUCCUUGCGGCCCAGCAAAUUGCCCGGGAACAGCAGGACUCCGCCUUUAAGAGCACUGCUGAUGCUAUAAAUGGCAAUGCGAACAAGCCAAAGGUAGCGUCGCUGACAGGAAAGCCUCCACAUGAAAUCCGGCCCAUAUCACCAGGGCUAUCGCCCUAUUCAACAGCUUUAGAAUCGCCUGCUUCACCUGGGCUAUCGCCUCAGGGUAUCAAUCACAAAUCAAAGAAGAUUGCCGCUUUCUUCGGGCAGCGCCCACCUAGUGAACUUAUUAGUUCGAACUUGGCUGAGUAUUUCCCUGACCAUGAACCCAAAUCCCUGGAACGGACUGUACGCAAUUCUAUCCGACGAUCAACAAGGAUGAGCAGGUACAACAGACUUAGUGUGGCUACUACAAGAAGUUAUGCCUCAAGUCAUCUUAGUCUUAGUGAUGUACCGCCAAUACCUAGCGUCGGUGAUGCAUGGUUGAAUGCUAGUCCUUCUGGCGCAUACCCGCCCUCAUUAGGUGGCAGGAACUCAAGACCGGGCUCGAUUCGCAAGUCGUUCCUCCCGUCAACCUCAUUUUCGGCUGAUCAUCGGGAUUCGCUGGUUCCCGUGUAUGAGGAGGACGACGGUGCUACCUUGCCCGGUAGCAGGAAGAGCUACACAUCAUUUAACAACAGCAGCCAGGAGACCCUCAGGAUGGGUGCUGUCGAUGUUGUUGUAACAGAUACCGAUAACGAGAGCACGAUCAAUGGGUCAACUCUCGGAAGUUAUGUCAUGGAUCAAAGCAGCGGGCUUAGCACUCCUGCAACGGAGGUCUUUGAUCCCCGUAUGAGUGGUAUCAACCAAUUCCUCAAUACCGAUGAUUCGGAAGAGGAUGAAGACGAAGACGAAGACGAAGAUCAGGAGGCAGAGGAGAACUGGAGUGAAUUGAGGUGGAUGAAGGGUGCUUUGAUUGGUGCUGGGUCUUUUGGAAGUGUCUUCUUGGCACUCAACGCACUCACUGGAGAGCUCAUGGCCGUGAAGCAGGUUGAGAUGCCUUCUGCCGGAAAGGAGGACGCUCGCAAGAAGUCCAUGGUGGAAGCUCUGCAGAGAGAGAUUGAGCUGUUGAAAGAUAUGCAGCACCCUAACAUUGUGCAGUAUCUUGGUUCUAGCAACGAGGACGACUCGCUCAACAUUUUCCUCGAGUACGUUCCUGGUGGCUCGGUAGCGGCGUUGCUUAACAAUUAUGGCCCUCUCAAAGAGCCUCUUAUUCGUAACUUUGUUCGCCAAAUCCUUACAGGUCUAGCGUAUCUGCACAACAAGGAUAUCAUCCAUCGAGAUAUCAAGGGAGCUAAUGUUCUGGUCGAUAACAAGGGUGGGAUUAAGAUCUCUGAUUUCGGUAUCUCAAAGAAAGUUGAGGCUGGGCUCCUGACGUCAUCAUCAAAUCACCGUCCUUCGCUCCAAGGAUCUGUUUUCUGGAUGGCACCGGAAGUUGUCAAGCAGACUUCUUACACGCUCAAGGCAGAUAUUUGGUCCCUUGGGUGUCUUAUUGUUGAGAUGUUUACUGGAAGCCAUCCCUACCCAGAUUGCUCGCAGCUCCAGGCUAUAUUCAAGAUUGGUACGGGAGGAUCAGCACCGACCAUCCCGCAGAAGAGCACAGCGGAGGCGAAGCAAUUUUUGGGCCAGACAUUUGAGCUUGACCACAACAAGAGACCAACUGCCGACGAACUGCUAUUAAAUCCGUUCAUGACUCCGAUGGUCGGUGCAGGCUCUCAGAACGAUUGA